AUGGCUCUACCCUUCUCAUCGCCAUUCCAACAGCACCUUGGGACAAACUAUGCACCGUCAGACGAAGAGAUCACGGCGAUCCGAGAAGUCAUAGGGAAAGCGGAUGCAGAGAUCGCGACUCUAGAUAUCGACCUUGAUCGAGCGUUGCAGGCGGUAGCUGCCUUGCAAAAGCAGAAGGAGACCCAUCUCGAGUUCAAAGCACAACACGAAGCCCUCAUUUCACCGAUACGGCGCUUGCCCUUGGACAUCCUCCAGGUCAUUCUCAGCUACUGUCUUCCCAGCGACCACAACCCAAUCCUUUCGGCUUCCGAGCCCCCUCUCCUCCUCACUCACAUCUGUCGACAAUGGAGAGAGGUUGCCAUUGGCUACCCUUCUCUGUGGGCGUCCUUACACCUACCUAUUCCCAGACGUCCAGGGAUAGGAACGUUUGUUCCCGGCGUGUCCGUGAUGGACAAAGCCACGCAGGAGCAGCUGUCCUUUUACCAGGACGAACUGAGCAAAUUCGAGGCUCGGUUCGCCCGUCGGAGCUAUCUCCUGUCACUUUGGCUUGAAAGAGCAAAGGGGUCGGGCUUGUCCAUCUCGAUCAUUUAUGGGCACCCUCGUGGUGGGCAGCCAGACCCUUCGCGCAUCUCCAAGGAGGACAACGAGCUCUUGAAGGCACUCCUUGAUGUCGUAAAGUCAUACUCUGCCCAGUGGGAGCGACUCGAUAUCUCCACUCCCGAAGAAAUCGCUUCGCAAAUCAUCGCUAUUCCGGCAUCCCAGACACCCCGCCUCCAGCAGCUGAAACUCCACGUAGCAGCUCUUCCUUCUCUUGGAAAUCGCGGAUUCACUCCCCCAGCCGGCAUCCUUUCUUCGCCCAGCCUCCAAAGCUUAUCGCUCAAGUUUAUUCCUCCCAAACUCUUCGACACUCCCGUCAUAUGGGAGAACUUGACCGAACUCUACCUCUCCCCAGCCUACAUCUUCACAGCCAUUCCCGUCGACAUUGCCCUCGACAUCCUGGAGAAAUGUCCGAAGCUCAAACGUUGUGCACUCACUCUACGCCCUCAGCGUCCCGCUGGCCAAGCUCAAGGCUCGCACCUCUUUUCACAUAUACCUCCAGUACAACCGGCUGAAGUGGUAACGGAACGCACGAGACAUAUCGUUCUAUCCGACCUCCUCCGCUUGUCGCUGAUGCAAGAGCGAACGAACCUCACACACUUUAUCGAGUCACUCGACCUUCCCUCCCUUCGAACACUCCAUUUCUGCACCAGCAUCCUCCCAUGCGCAGCCGUUCCGUCUUCACUUGUUGCGAUUUUGGAGAAAUGGGGAGAGACCAUCAAAACUCUUUCAUUCGACUACACGAAGCUCACGCCAACCGAGUUGGUAGAGUGCCUGAGGCUGGCGAAGAACGUCAAGGAACUCAUCAUGACCGCGGAGCGCAAGGGAACCGUCCAGGAUAUCAGCUUGUUUGAUUUCGACGCCAUGGCAUACCCAGGACCCGAAGUCGAGCCGGACAGACAGCACAACCCCGCACGAUUUGGGAACCAGCUGCUCAAGUCGAUGUCUCCCAAACCCGGUUCGGAAUCGGACGUCCUCUGUCCACGACUCUCGUCCCUUUCAAUCAAGCACCAAACGGUCGAAUUCACCGAAGAGGCGCUGCUGGAUUUCAUCCGAGCUCGAAGGAGCAAAGACGUCUUGUCGCAGGGGGUAGCUAAGAUCAAGAAGGUCAAGGUCCAGUUCGCGGUAGAUUCGACCGUAUCUGACCACGAUGGCCAAAAGAGUGGCAGCAAGUCGUGGCCUUUGUUGGAGAAGCUGAAGGACGAUGCCGAUGUUAUUCUAGACGACUUGAAGGUGGAGAUUCGUCGUCCCCGAGACAAGGUCAACGAGCACGCCGCUGCGCACGCAUCCUCAGGGGCCAUGACGUUGGGAGAAGCUCUCAUGGACCCCAGAGUAGGCCUUCCAGGCUGGUCGGCAGCAGUGACUAGUCAAUUUAUUCUUGACUUUGAGCUCCCUCUACAUGCGGGUGUGUUCUAA